AAGGUUGUUGAAGGUACAUAUCCAGGUAGGAAUUUAUUUAAAAAGGGAAUAAUCAAAUACGCGAUUUUAUCUACCAAAACUGAAACACCUUGCUGCGCCAACUACGGAAUGUAAGGUGGAUAUCGUGCGUAUUUUACGUCACCAUGUUGUAGUAAACUUUUCUUUAGCAGAAUCGACAAUCAAAUUCUACUUGCACGGUGUCUUUAUUAAGCAUAUUUUUUAUUUUAAUUAGGACCUAAAUUGUCCAUCGUCCAAUUUUGCGAUUUCGUACGUUUCCGUGAGUUAUGUUAAUGAUUGCGGCAUUGCACAGGUGGAAAUGUGUAUGUUCAGGUCCUGACAUAAAUACAUCGCCAGUGUUGACACAUGAAACGAAAAUUGGCUGGUCGUGAAAACUAAAAAAUGUCGUUUAUUAGCGUUGUAGAGUGCAGCGCGGAGGUUUUUUCAUGUAACUUAAGGAUUCAGCUGUGCCAGAAAUAGGUUUCGUUUCUUUGCCAAAUUUAAAAACGUCCGAUCGUCGGUCGGUCUUGGGCGGCUGUGGUUUGUAAGCCUCCUCGUUUAUAUAGUAUUACAUUAUACGCAGUGGCCUCGGCAACAUUGCUAAAAUCCCCGCUUACACGAUCCAAAGACGGGACGCUUUUCUUAAAAUAAUCGUGUUUACAGUUCGUGCAGUGGGUGAUGUGAUUGAGAAGAAUGCGCUCUUGUUAAAAUUUUCACGAAAAUCUUAUCUGUUUCUCCGGUCGCUUCGUUUGGUGACGGUAGUUUCCUUUUUCGAUUGACUGGAUGCUAGUUAAUCGGCCGAAACGUAGAAUGGUGUCACAUCUGUUCCGAGAAAUUCAACUAAUAAUAAUAACUGACAUUGCGAACACGUGAGAUAAUGUUAAAAUGACGGAUAGACCUGAAGAAUGGUCACUUCACGCACAUGUUACCAUAACCCAUCCGGGCAUAAACGACCUGACUCCGACACCUCAAACUCGCACCGAAAGGGAUGAAAACGGUUCACUUCGAAUGGUUUACACGUGGACAUCCGAUCCUUUAGCUUCCGAAACGAAAUGGAACAGUUCCACAGAGCCACAGCAGAAUCCUUUUCAACAACAAGAACAAAGCCGAGAAUAUAGAAAAGGCAAUAUCAUUUUUACCUCGGUUCCGCCUAGAAGGAAUGCGGAAUCACAGCCGAAAUUUUAUCAGAAAGAUUCGGGAUACAGCAGUGAACUGCUGUCUCCCACAUCAUUCGCCAGCAGCAGUUUGCCGAGGAAACCCGUUCAACAACCGUACAACAGACGUUGCAGGAGCACGUGCAGCAUCGUCCUGUCUACCACUUUCCACCAGGAUCAACAACCUUCGACUGACGACGGCAGUCACUGCACCAGGACUCACAGUUUGCGAUGCCAAACCCCAAACGCAAAGUCAGAUAACAGAUGUGGCGCGGGAAGUAACAGCAGCUUUUACGGAUGCGGCGAUCCGUGGUGUCAUCAUUCCACUUAUCGCGAGGAUAGCGCCAGCAGGUUCUCUCCUCUUCGAGAGACCGCGGAAGAGGAUGAGACAACCUCAACGUGCCCCAGUAGCAAAAGACCUUCAAGAGCGAAUACGUACACGUACACAGCCGCGUCGUCCAGUGGACAAAGUUUCUUGAACAACAACAGAGUGAUUGGGAAGUUGAAGGAUGCUUGUGUGCAAACUACGGAAGUGGUAGAUAAAUGUACAUCACCUUUGAUACCAGCGAGCGGUUUUGGUGUUAGGGAUGAUAAUGCCAAAAAAAAUGCCAGAAGAAGGGCGAUGUAUGCGACCAGGACCAAGACUGAACCUAUUUAUUAUCGCGCGGAUUCGUCAGUCGCUUAUACACCCGAUAGUCUCGAACCCAAUGAGUCUUCAAAGAAAGUCGCAACGUCGAAUUCGGCAAAGGUCAAAAGAAGAACUCCCGUAACGAAACAGAAGAAAUCGACCACCGCAUCGACCGACUCGAAAUCUAGCGAGCCCAGCAAAAAACCACGUACCGUACAUAUCGAUGUGUACUGUACCGGAACAGACAUAGAAAGCGGAUCUAGUUCGGAAUUCGAGAGUGAAAAUAAAAGUACCUCAACUCCUCAAACUGUAUUCGAGAACGAACGAAUGCGAGUAACGCAUGCCCAAGCUUCGGAUAAAGCCUUGCCACACAAAAUGAUAAACGACCUUCAUAUAGAUCAAAGUCGAAAGGCCCAAGAAGAUACUGAUAACGACGACGACAUUAGCACUGCAUAUCCAUCUAGAAUAAGUUCAUACUCUCGCUUUCCCAGUUUGUCCAGUUUUGCCUCAGGGUUUCCAUUAUCUUGGUCCGCAUAUUCCACAUCCAGCUGUGCUGUGCCUGACAACGAUUAUGAUUCAAUCGCAAAUACUUCUUGGAAAGAUACCUUUUCUGAUAUUGACAGCUUAAAGUUUAGUAAAUCCAGUUUAGCUAAUGCAGAAAGCACCGAUUUUAUUCCGCGUAGUUUACGAUGUCAGAAAAGUACCGACAGCAUCGAAGAGGCUCCCGAAUUAGAGCAAAAUUCUUCAGCUAUUUUACCAAGUGACAGUUUUGAGUAUAUCGACAACUUAAAGAAGAAACGCCAACAGUUGCAUAAAAUAGGCAUAUCGCGAUUGUCUAGUACUGAAGAGCAAACCCAUGGAAAGGGAAAAUCAUUGGACAAUUCCAGUCAAGCCAGUUUGCAACCUAGUGACAGUUUUGAGUAUGCCAAUUCGGAAGACAGGAGGAGGAUCAAGACCAUGGAAGAAAUUUGGAAGAACAAGAGCGAGAAACCAACGAUUAGAAAGACGCCUAGAUUGGAAAAGAAACACAUCAUCCAACAGCAAAAGAUGAAGGAUUAUUUUAACAGCCGGAUGAGUGACAAAAGUCUUACAAAAGAAGAAACAGAAAGCGAUUCCAGUUCUUCAGAGCGAGGCUGGACUUUUGACAAAGAUGAUGAUAAAAAAUUAGAACGUGAUGUCACUGUGAGAAGAGCCAGUAAAGAAAGCAAUAAAACCACAGAUAGACCGCAAGUGUUAGUGUCACCUGCGACGUAUGCAAUCGGUAGUGCGCCACCAUUACGAACCCCCAGUUUUGUAGCUUUCCAGCAACGUCUAAAAUUCGAUCCUACCCUUAAAGCGCCCUUUACACUUCUGCCUGGGGUGUACACCGAUCCUCGAAGUGUUGCGAAACGGUUUGGUUCGGUUGUAGAUGCUUUUAAAAAACCGGGACAUCAUAUAGGACCUGCGAAAAAUCCUCAUUGUUCGUGUGACCAUUGCAAAAGGUUUUUUGAAAGUUUGGGAACUCGGGGCCGCGCCAUGUCUACCGGUGACGUUUCCAGAGAUGGUUUUUUAAUGAACUGGAAACAAAAUCGACAUGCUUCUCAACCGAGAGACUCGUAAUUCUUUUCUUCGUUUCAUUUUUGAUGUGACAAUUUAUUUUGAGUAAUUCAGCAUAGACACUAAAGUCUCAAAAACAAAUCAGCGGAUUCAGGAUUUUCCUAAAAGAAAGUAGUACAUAACAUAAAAUCAUUUAAAAAAGGUUUUUGACGGUUUAUGAUGUUUUAAUGUUCUGAAUUUAGUGGCUUCUAAAGAGUUGAA